GCUGCCCGCUCGGAGCCCGAACCGAGGGAGGCCGGAGUGCCGGUCCUGCUCUUCAUCCCUGCCGGGCUGUGCCCCCCCUCGCCCAGGGGCUUCUUUGAGUCCUAAGCAGGGUGCAAGAGGCCGGCGCUGCAUGAAGGGCUGCACGUGUUCUUACACACAGACACACACGGAUCACGUGCCAGCCUGAAGGACUCCUUCCUGGCUGCUGAGUGCUUGGGAGAAAGAGCCAGGUAAAUGUUGGGAGAGGAAGAAGGAUAGAAACCCAGCGGAGGGAGCUGCAAGACGGAAAAAAAGGAAACAAGAGAGUCUAAAAACUGGAGAAAAAUGGAAUAACAGGAAUGAAUCACCUGUUUUUCAGCAUGUAAUCCAGCAAAUAUUACAGCAAGCAGGAGAAAGAAACCUGUGUGUAGGAAAAACUUCUCUUCUGAAACCAGCUUUCAGAUUUAGAGGGAAAUGAAUGCAAGGAAGAAACCACAUAAAUGCCUGGACUGUGGAAAGAGCUUCAGCCAGAGAGCACAUCUUACUGUACACCAUAGAAUCCACACUGGGGAGAAACCCCAUCAAUGCCUGGAGUGUGGAAAGAGCUUCAGCCAGAGUGGACAACUUAAUAGACACCAUAGAACGCACACUGGGGAAAAACCACAUAAAUGCCUGGAGUGUGGAAAGAGCUUCAGCACAAGUGGAGACCUUAAUAUACACCAUAGAACCCACACUGGGGAGAAACCACAUAAAUGCCUGGAGUGUGGAAAGAGCUUCAGCAUGAGUGGAAAUCUUCAUAGACACCAUAGAACCCACACUGGGGAGAAACCACAUAAAUGCCAGGAGUGCGGAAGGAGCUUCAGCACGAGUGGAGACCUUAAUACACACCAUAGAACGCACACUGGGGAGAAACCCCAUCAAUGCCUGGAAUGUGGAAAGAGCUUCACCACAAGUGGAGCUCUUAAUAUACACCAUAGAACGCACACUGGGGAGAAACCACAUAAAUGCCUGGAGUGUGGAAAGAGUUUCACCAGCAGUCGAACUCUUACUGAACACAAUAGAACGCACACUGGGGAGCAACCACAUAAAUGCCUGGAGUGUGGAAAGAGCUUCAGCAUGAGUGGAAAUCUUUAUAGACACCAUCGAACCCACACUGGGGAGAAACCACAUAAAUGCCUGGAGUGCGGAAAGAGCUUCAGCAUGAGUGGAAAUCUUUAUAGACACCAUAGAACCCACACUGGGGAGAAACCACAUAAAUGCCUGGAGUGUGGAAAGAGCUUCAGCACGAGUGGAGACCUUAAUACACACCAUAGAACGCACUCUGGGGAGAAACCACAUAAAUGCCUGGAGUGCGGAAAGAGCUUCAGCAUGAGUGGAGACCUUAAUAUACACCAUAGAACCCACACUGGGGAGAAACCACAUAAAUGCCUGGAGUGUGGAAAGAGCUUCAGCAGGAGUGGAAAUCUUUAUAGACACCAUAGAACCCACACUGGGGAGAAACCACAUAAAUGCCUGGAGUGCGGAAAGAGCUUCAGCACGAGUGGACAUCUUAAUACACACCAUAGAACGCACACUGGGGAGAAACCACAUAAAUGCCUGGAGUGUGGAAAGAGCUUCACCUCUCGUGGAGCUCUUACUGUACACCAUAGAACCCACACUGGGGAGAAACCGCAUAAAUGACUGUAGUGUGGAAAGAGCUUCACCUCUAGUGGAGCUCUUUUUUUUUUCCCUUUCAAAUUUUUAUUAACUUUUAACAAUAACAGUCAUAAUAAACACAAUUGCAAAUUGACUUCCCGCACACCUUUUUUCGUGAUAACAACUAUAAAUUUUACCCUUAUUAUAGUAUUAAUUAAAAAAAACACAAAUUUAAACCUUCCACCACCAUUAAUCUACCCAACCUGCAUUUCAGAUUUCAAAUCCAGUUGUAAGAUCCAUAGUAGGAAUUCUUUAAGUACAACAAAAAUAAUUUCCAACCUUUUUUAAAACAUUCUCAGUUUUAGUCUCUUAUCAGUAUUAUAAAUUUUGCCAUCUCCACUUAUUCCAAAAUUUUUAUCAACCAAUCUUCUUUUAAAGGCAGUUCACUGCUUUUCCAUUUCUAUAUAUAUAUAUAUAUAUAUACACAUCAAUGCCAUUUUUUUUGUUAUCAAAUAUCAUCUAUACAUUAUUUUAUAAUAAUUUCCUUUUAGAGCAUAAGAUACAGUGAAUUUUAAAUCAGUUUUCCAUAAUUUUUCCCAGGUUACCGUUUCUAUAUUGCAUCCCACAUCUUGAGCCCACUUUUUCAUAAACGUUUUAACCACUUCCUCUCUUGUCUCCUCCAAAAGUAACACUUUAUACAUUUAGAAACUAAUUGUCAGAACUUAAAAUCUAAUCAUCAAAUCCAACUUAAAAAUCUAAAUAAUUAUAAAAUUCAGCUUUGUUUUCAUUAGGGGCAUAAGUUCCUAUUAUCACCAUUUUAAUUCCAAAUAUUUGAAUUUCCAGUGCUAAUAACCUAUCUUCCUCAUCUUUGAAAAUCAAUUUAGAUUCAAAUUAUUAUUCGACAUAAAAUACUACCCCCCCUUUUUUUUCUUGUCUAGGUAAACAAAUCCUUGUCCAAAAGCCUUAUUAACUAAAAAAAAUUUCUCUUGCUUUCAAAUAUAUGUCUUCUACAAACACACAAUGUCCAAAUUUUGUUUCUUAAAAGAAUGAAAGAGUCUGUUUUGUUUUGUUUUUUGUAUUUAACCCAUUAAUGUUCCAAGAGAGAGUCCUCUAAUCUCUAUUUAGCCAUUUGGUCUAAUUUGAAUUAUGUGUUGAAGGAGCUGGAUGUUCAAAAGAUGAGUUUGGUUUUUUUAAAAAUAUAUUUCCACCAGAAUUCUUGCACUUUAAGGAGCUCCGUAAAUCUGUUCUUCUUAGCCUUAUAAAAAAAAGAAACUCCCUCCAAUAAUUCCCCCCUGAAGUAUAUUCCAUUGGGAUUCAAAACAUUUGUCAAAAAUUUGUAAUCCUUAGUUUUUCUUGGAAUUCUGGCUGGUAUUUCUUUCAUUAAGCAAAGAACUGCCUCAAUCUGUAACUUCACCUCUUCAGCUGAGAUUCCCAAAAGUAAUACAAGCUCCUCCACCUGCAAUUUUUUGAUGUUUUGGCCAACUCUUUCUGAAAUACCUCUGAACCUUGAAGAUCUCUCUUUUUGUCUAAAUUCCAACAAUGCCAUUUGAUCCAAUAAAUUGUCCUUGUCGUCCUUCGUGACCCCACUUCAUUCUCCAAGGUGUCCUCCCUUGUUUUAAAUUCUUUAUUAUCUUGUGUUGAUAUCUUAACUGUUUCUUCAAUACUUGAUGUUUUAUCAUAUAAUGUCCGUGUGUCUUGUUUAAUUUGUUGCAAAUUUUGUUUCACUUGAAGCAUAUCAGAAGUAACUUGUUGGAGAGCAUUAGCAUUUGACUGAAGUAUUUUUUUCAUCUCCAUCAGUAUUUGAUUCAAAUAUGCAGACAUUAUGGCUUCCCCCACACUUACACUUAGAAGGGAAGAUUUCCUAGACUAUAAGUAUAUCUAGCUUUAGUGUUGGUUUUUCCCCAUUAUGUUCCUUUCUUUCUUGUUCUUCCCCCCCCCCCUUUCUUAGAGGAGAAAGAAACUCCCCUUUCUUAGAGGAGAGAGAAAGGAGUAGAGCACUUUCACAGCAGGGUUUACUGUCCUUGAUCUCCAAAGAGAAAGUAGAAGCCUGUAGUUAUUUUCCAAAUAUAAACAGUUCUACACCACAACUCACAUAUCUUAUCACUGGCAGAUCAAUUUUCUCACGGUAAUGUGAAACGCCUUUUUGCCGUAAUUAGCUGUUAUUGGCUGGAUUAAUGAUAGACAGCUUCAGUGGCAAACAGCAAAUCUCCUCUUCCAUAAACUCUUCAAACAACAAUUACCAACAGCUUAAGUCUCCAGUCUUAAUAGUUAAUAAACAGAAGAAGAAGAAAAAGGAAAGUCCUUUUUUAAAUGGUAAUCCAAAAGAGAACUUACAGGCUUAUCUGUAAUGACUUUCCCAGAAACGCAGGAGGAUUUACAACCGU